AUGAGCAUCCUUGUUGAUGGUUGUGAACCAUUUUCUGAGGAUUUGUGGAAGGAGAUCAGGAUAAACAAGUUAACAUUUCUUGGUGUCAAGCUAUGUUCCCGCUGUAAGGUAAAAGAUUAUCCUUCUGCAUUUUCCGCCUGGAUUAUUGCAGUUGACCUGUUAUCUGGAGACUCUGAAUCUGUUACAAUGGUACCCACAAUCAAUCAAGAUACUGCAAUAGCAGGCUCGGAGCCUACUGAAACUCUCAUGAAGUUCAGGUCAGAUAAGGUCUUGCGUCCAACCCGGAAACAGCAGGGGAGGGUCUACUUUGGACAGAACUUGGUCUGCCCAGACUCCCAAAAUCAAAUGAAGGAAAAGACAAUCAAAGUGGGAGAUCCUAUUUAUGUCAUCAAGAUGGUCUCUACCUGUGUCGAUGCAGCUGCAUGA